AUGGCAGGGGUGGAUCUGGAAAAAUGCAAGCGUAUAGUACAAUAUUUCUGGGAUCCUGAACCCAAGAAUGACACUGCCCCAGAAGCAUCAAUCUGGUGUCUAGGUCAACAGUAUACCUCCCGAUACCCAGAAGAACUACACAAGGACAGCACCACAGAUAGGGACCACAGCACCGGGCAGGCGGCCGAGAUGCUACACGAUAUGACCGGCGGCGCAUGGCCUAACGCCUUUUUGACGGACUUUGAGUCACGGAUAUGGAUGACAUACCGGUCCAACUUUGCUCCCAUCCCACGCAGUCACUCACCCGAAGCGACAUCCUUAAUGACAUUGGGUGUGCGCAUACGGACUCAGCUAAUGGACUCACAAGGCUUCACAUCUGAUACAGGGUGGGGCUGCAUGAUUCGAUCAGGACAAAGCCUGCUGGCAAAUACACUCUGCAUUCUGCUACUUGACUGGCGAAAAGGUGACCGGCCCAAUGAAGAAUCGAAGCUAUUAGCGAUGUUUGCCGACCAACCCGAGGCUCCAUUUUCAAUACAUCGGUUUGUUAAAUGUGGUGCCGACUCGUGUGGGAAAUACCCGGGGGAAUGGUUUGGUCCGUCAGCGACUGCCCGGUGCAUCCAAAUCCUGUCGACCGAGUGCAACGCUCCUAAGCUCGAGGUCUACGUGACAAAUGAUACCUCCGACGUCUACGAAGAGCAAUUCCUUCGGCUCGCACACAGUAAAACAGGGCAAUUUCAACCGACCCUUAUUCUCCUUGGGCUACGGCUGGGGAUUGAGCAAGUCACCUCAGUAUACUGGGAUGGACUACGAGCGGCUUUAAAAUACCCCCAGUCCGUAGGAAUUGCAGGUGGACGCCCCUCCGCAUCACACUACUUUGUGGGGGUUCAGGAUUCCCACCUGUUCUUCCUUGAUCCCCACACCACACGCCCCACGCUACCGCAUCACCAGCUCGACGAGCCAUACACCGCUGAGGAACGGGGGAGUUACCAUACUCGCCGCCUGCGACGAAUCCACCUUAAAGACAUGGAUCCAAGCAUGCUGAUUGGGUUUUUGAUCAAAGAUGAGGCUGACUGGACCGACUGGAAGCAACGAGUGAAAUCCAGCCCCGGGAAGCCGAUCAUCCAUAUUUUGACAGGAGAAACACAAUUGGACAAGGAAUAUCAAGGGCCUGGUCGGAAAGCUGCGGUGGACGAGGUGGAGGCUCUUGACGAUUCUGAUGAGAUGGAGUAA